AUGGACAGAGGUGUCAUUCCUGCAACAACUUUAUUUGGAACAAUUUCGUACAAUUCGACAUCACCAAACAUUGCUUCAACAAGUCAAGUUGAUAGACGACCUGUGAGCAACAAUGCAAAUGACAUUGACCCUCCAGCAGAACAUGAAGAUCCCGUUGGUUUCGAUGACAUAAAUUUGAAUGAACCUGCUGACGAUGAUCCAUUAAUUGACAAUGAAGAUUUGGAAGAUGUUAACUCAGAUGAAUUAAUGAACGACGUUGCUGCAGCUGGUCAUGCAACAGUCAUGUGGGACAUGAGAGAUCCUACUAACGAGUGUGAGCAUUGCGGAGCCAUGUUCUGGUAUGAUGAAAGAAAGAGAAGGAAAGUACCUACAAGAACACCAAAAUUUCCUCUAUGCUGUUUGCAUGGGAAGGUUCAACUACCAUUGCUCAAAGCUGCCCCUAAAAUUCUCCAAGACUUGCACGCAAAUGAAACUGAUAAAAGCCGACAUUUCUUAAAGAACAUAAGGAUGUUCUAUGGAAUGUUUGCAUUCACGUCUAUGGCUGGAAAGGUGGACAAAAAUAUAAGCAAUGGACGUGGUCCUCCAAUCUUCUUGCUCGGAGGACAAAGUUACCAUUCUAUUGGUAGUCUCAUACCUCCAGUUGGUCAAAGUCCCAAAUUUGCCCAGCUUUAUAUUUUUGACACUGAAAAUGAGGUUGCUAAUAGGAUACAAGCUCUCAGGCCAAGCGGUGAUGCUCAUAAGUUGGAUGAGCUAAUUGUCAGAGACUUAAAAAACAUGCUAGAUGCAGAGAACCCUUUGGUUAAGUCAUACAGAUAUGCUAGGGAACGAUACAGAUGUGGUGAUUUUUCUAAUGUCAAGCUAAGGUUAAUUCGGCGGAGGGACAAAGAUGGGAGAACUUAUAACCUUCCCACAGCAUCUGAAGUUGCUGCGUUGGUGGUGGGUGACAUAGAUGCUACUGUUAAGAGAGAGAUCAUUGUUGAAACACAAUCCAGGUUGAUCAAGCAUAUUGACCCUACAUAUCCGUCAUUUCUUGCACUUCAAUAUCCACUAUUGUUUCCAUACGGGGAGGAUGGAUGGAGACGGGGUAUUUUAACUAAAGAUUAUGACGCACCUGGAAGAACGAGAAAAAAGGAUGACAUUGCCAUGCGCGAGUGGUUUGCAUAUAGGUUGCAAGAAAGAAAAGGGGAAUCACCUAUUGUUCUUCAAUCUAGGAGACUGUUCCAGCAAUUUCUGGUGGACUCUUAUACCAUGGUUGAAGCUGAUAGAAUGCGAUAUUAUAGGACAAUACAGCCGAAACUGCGAGUGGAACGUUACAAGGGAUUGCACGAGUGCUUGGUCCGUGGAGAAACAAAUGCAGCUGCAACAGGUCAGCGAAUCAUAUUGCCUGGAUCAUUUACUGGAGGGCCGAGAUACAUGUUCAACAAUUGCAAGGACUCAUUUGCCAUUUGUAGAUAUAUCGGAUAUCCUAGCUUAUUUAUCACUAUGACAUGCAAUCCAGAAUGGCCUGAAGUCAAACGUUUUGUUGAAACACGAGGUUUGAAGCCUGAGGAUAGACCCGACAUACUUUGUAGAGUUUUCAAAAUGAAGUUGGACGAACUAAUUGAUGACUUGAAGAGCGGAAAAGUGUUCGGAAAGAUUAGUUGA